AUGUCGUCGGAACCCGCUGUUGAAAUUUCCAGCCUCACAUUUAGCCACAGCCCUCCUGGCGGUCAACCCAACGAUGCUGUCGUCGCUCUCCGCGAUGUCAAUUUCACUCUACCCACUGGAUCCCGUACUCUCCUCAUCGGAGGCAACGGUGCCGGGAAGAGCACUCUACUGUACAUUUUGGCUGGGAAAAGGAUGAUCCAACAAGGAAUAGUCAAUGUCUUUGGGAAAGAUGUGUUUAAGGACUUUCCUCCAAAUUUGGUUUAUCUGGGAACGGAAUGGGCAAUGAACGCUGGCGUCCGCAGAGAUAUUGUCGUUUCUGAUUUCCUCAAUAGUGUCGGUGGAUAUAGGCAUAAAGAGCGUAGAGAUCACCUGUUGGAUAUCUUGGACAUUGAUCUGGAUUGGCACAUGCACGCCAUUUCAGAUGGCGAACGCCGCCGCGUCCAACUCUGUAUGGGUCUCAUGGGCGAAUGGGACUUACUCCUCCUAGAUGAAGUCACUGUGGAUUUAGAUGUCCUAGUACGAGACGGGCUGCUGAAUUUUCUGAAAGAUGAAACUGUUAAUAGAGGUGCUACUGUCGUCUACGCUACACACAUAUUUGACGGCCUUAACGAUUUUCCUACGCACAUUGCACAUAUGCGUGACGGGUCGUUCGUGCUUAAUCCAACACCUUGGCCUCUUAAUCCCUCAUCGGAUAAUGCGGGCUCGACACUUCACGCAAUUGCUUUACAAUGGCUCUCUAGCGAUCGAGCUCUGAGGAUCCAAGAGGAGAAAGAAGGGAAGAGGGCAAAGACUAGAGGUCCGAGGACGAAUGCCGCACCGGACGAUGUUAACAGGGAGUCGUUCUAUAAAAAGUACGACUAUAGUCAUUGA